AUGACCAAGCGAUACAUAUGUCAAUUCUGUGCCCGCUCGUUCUCCAGGUCGGAGCACAAGCUCCGACACGAGCGAUCACACACCAAAGAGAAGCCAUUCCAAUGCUCAAUCUGCAAAAACGGGUUUGUCAGGCGGGACCUGCUGCAGCGGCACCUUCGGACGGUUCACGGUUUGGUGUUGAAACACAGUAUUGACGGAAACAUUUCCACCAACGAUGAUCUGUUAAAGUCACCAUCUGCUGCAAACGGAGGGUCGGGUGAGAUUGUGUCCACCAAUCUACAGUUUUCAGCUCUGCCCACGUCGCCAAGUGACUUAGAUCAGGUGGAAGACAACGCCGCUAUCUUGGCAGAAAAAACCGUUGUAUCGCUUCUCACGCUGUCUAAUCGAUUCAGACACCUGAACAUGGAGCUCAAGAACUCAAUUACCAACUAUAUCAUAGUGUUUGGUAGCAGCAAAAAAUGGCAAGAAGAUCUUCCCUCAACCAACAUUAACAAGUUAUUAGCCAUCAACGAACUAGACGAGAUGCUCUACUUGGUGGUCUGCCUAGGGGCAUGCCAAAUAAAUGAGUUUGAGGACGCCAUUACAAUGUUCAACAAAAGCUGGGAAAUCAUUAUCGAUAAGAUCAGCAAUUCCAAGAUCAACUAUAACUCAGGCGAGAUCUUCAACAGAUUUGUUGAUAAUUUGAUCAUUCUUGGUUACAUUUACCUCAAUUACUUUAUCAACUUUUCCAACAGUUCGAAGUAUAGUUAUGAGCAGCUAUACAAAAAGAUCGCAAUUCCAAUUGACGUAUUAUUCGAGUAUCUCAAUAAUAUUAUCAGCACGCAUAUGGCCAAUAGAGAUGGACAACCACAGGGAACUUCUGCUCCAAGCAAACUUCCCAGCGAUAUUGCAGACCACAGUUCUAGACGUGGGCUAGAACCUUUUAUUUAUUGGAAUGCAUAUUUACUUCUCUCGCACUAUUCUUUUGUUUUCAACAAGUCACCAUCCUCGCUGCACUUAUACCUUCUCAACAAAUGUCUUCCAGAAGAGCAGCUAACAGAUCAAUCCGGUAGUGACGAAACUCUUGGUCAACUAAUUACUAAUUUAUCUGUGAUUUCAGGCUCGUUUCAAAACUUUGUGAACCAUGAUGAUCUAACGCUGAAAGAGAAAGCAAUCAUAUGCGGGUUAAUGAAUGAGCUUCAGAUGGUUAAAUUUAACGAGACCAACAAACUGAGCAAGAAUGUCAUACUCCAACAAGGACUAUUCAAGGAUAACAAGAAUUUUCUGCACAACGCUAUCAUAUUAGCAAAUAAAAAUUUCAAUGUCUCUGGAAAGCUUGCUUCCAACUGUGACGACGAGUUCAUUCGACUUCUGUCUAUAGUGAAGAGAAAGCUACUCAUCAAUUGCCCAUUGAAAUUUACUGAUUUACUUUCAAAUUACCUGAUCAUACCCAAAAGUGAGUACAAUUGGACUCUUCUGGCUCUCACGUUGAAGGAAUUCAUUUUUGAGACUGAAUCGUUGAUCAAUGAUAAAAACUUUCUCAACAAUGACAAGCCUAUCAUCGAGUUUGAUUUGUCAAAAAUGAUAAACUUGCUAGGUAUUGAAGCUAGCAAUUCAAACGCAGCCCCCGAGCUGACUGAUGAGGAAAUAUACAAGAACAUCCACAAUUUCAUAUCCACACCAUUCAACUACAAUUUCCUUAUAAACAACAACUUAGGAAUCACUUUACUACCCUGUCUUCUUCUUGCGCUAAUCCUGAACGAAAAUAGCCUGAUGUUUCACCGAAAAUCUCUAAAUCUGCCAGUGAACAAUCUUAUCAUGGUGGAAUUUAUUAUCGGAAAUUUUUUGAUGCUGAUAAGGAUUUUGAAUUUCUAUCGAAAAAGAUAUUUCAUUGAUCUGUCAAAUCCUUUGGAAAAAAGUUGGAUUUCACGAAACACAAGUAAUCCGCCGGAUGCAUCUAACAAUGCUAACGCAUCUGAAGAUGAAGAGCAAGGAGAUGAGGAGGAAGAUGAAAGCAUUAUUUUAUCCGUCAUAUUCUACGUGAUCAACGAAUUAGGCAGGAAAUACACGUACACUCCGCCUGUUGCAGGCGAACGGCGCCGAGCAAAUAGCAUAUCCAUUGGUGAGUUCAGCAACAAUAACGAGAAAAUGAAAAAGAUGAUGAGCUCCAAGGAAAAUAAACAUGGUUCUGACAAACCAGAAGAUACCUUGAAAGCGCAAAUUACUAGCGAUAUCAAGUUCCAAAACAUCAUGAAAAAUGUUCAUUCAAGUUUUCUGUGCUGGCUGAAACUUUACAGAUCUGACUUCACUCAAUUGGAACAAUUCAUUAACGUGCUCGGCAAGGUGUUAGAAAAUGACAUUUAUUUAAGACUUCAAAAUCAGAAGGCUGGUGGCAGCCCUCAUAAUCUGGACGUAUUUAAUCUUAUUUCCAGUCAUCCGCAACCAAACCCUGAAACCCAGUUUUUUGGCUCACCUAUAACUACCUUUGGGCAAAGAGCCCCGCCGUCAACUUCCAACGAUACCGGCUAUUAUCAACAGCAUUCAGAUCUCUAUGGUCAGCAAAAGCUUCCGUCAUUUGUCGGUCAACAUUUACAAGGAUCGUUGUCGCCUCCGGGCACAAAUCCUAUUCUGAUAAAUAAAGAUGAUGAUCGGAUUCUGCUGCCCCCAAUCAACCAGAGCAACAGGCAGCUACCAAAUCCUUUUCGUGCUACCGCCGCAUCAAAACCAGGACUGGCAGGAACAGAGGGUCUGAGCGAGCUCAUCCAAGCGGCCUCGACGGUCGUUGAGCAAGACAAGAAGUGA